GUUUAGUUCUACGCAAUAAUUACUAUUCCUCGCCAGUACAAUAUAUUAUUAAUUAUUAUCUAUCACGACGAGGUAAUAACAAUAUUGUAUGUAUCAUGUCCACAGUCCGCACAAACGGUCUCGUAGCGGGUGAAAACCAACACGCCCAUUCAAAGCGGCAAUAAUUUUCCGUCGACUCGGCGAGUGAAUUUCUUCGUCUACUUCUCGUACAUCGGCGUACGAAUAAUGAGACUGCAAUAGACAAUGUGCUCGGAACACGACCGUUUGGCGGACAUGAAGAAAUACGCGGUGAAGGUUUUCGAAGAAUGCGUCAGGUCGGUGUCGCCCAGGAACAUCGUCAGAAACGCGCUGAGAUUCGAUUCGAAAAAGCUUUACGUCGACUGUUCGGCGUACAGCGUGCCCGGCGACGUGUACGUGGUCGGAUUCGGCAAAGCGGUGCUGAACAUGGCCCUAGAAGUGGAGGACGUGCUGAACGGCCGUCUCGGGGAGGCCGUGGUCAGUGUUCCGUUCGGUACCCGAUGGCCCGCCAAGCCGGAGCACUCCAGAGUGUGCGCGAUGGAGGCGGCCAGGAACAACGUGCCCGAUCAGCAGUCCGUGGACAACACCGAUCGGAUCGCGCGCACCGUUUCGCGUCUGCGGAGUGGCGAUCUGCUGGUCGUGCUGAUAUCGGGCGGCGGUUCGGCGCUGUUGUGUUCGCCGACCGUGCCGCUCGGCGACAAGAUCCUCGCCACCAAGCUGCUGUCGUCGGCCGGCGCGUCCAUCGAACAGCUGAACGCCGUGCGGAAGGCGCUGUCCCGGGUCAAGGGCGGCAGACUGAUCGGCUCGGUCCGGCCGGAGUGUCCCGUGGUGUCGCUGAUCCUGUCCGACGUGGUGGGCGACCCGUUGACCGCCAUCGCCAGCGGACCGACCGUGCCCAACGGCGAUCCCGACCACCUGCCGAUGAACAUCGUCGACGGUUUCGGCCUGCGGGACCAGAUGCCCGGGACUGUGGUCGACGCGCUCCUGCGAAACACGUCGUUCACCGGCACCGCGGCGCAGUUCGACCGGGUCCACAAUCACGUGAUCGGCAACAACGCCAUCGCGCUCCGGGCGGGCGUCCAAUACGCCGGCCGAGACUUCGGGGCCGUACUGCUGACGACGUCCAUCCGCGGUGACGUGGCCGCGGUGUCCACGUUCUACUCGGACCUCGUGGCGUACGUGUGCGACGUGUACGCGGACGGCGCGGCGGACGCGAAACGCAAAGAACGGCUGAAGAUUUCGUCGACGUCCGUAGUCGGCGGCGGCGUUGACGUCGAACACCUGACCGGCAGCGUGGUCGAGGCGUCGUCCCGCGGCCGCGGCCUGUGCAUACUGAGCGGCGGCGAGCCCACGGUCGUGGUCCGGGGCAGCGGCCUGGGCGGCAGAAACCAAGAGCUGGCGCUGAGGGUGGCCAUGGACUUGGCCACGGCGAGACGUCGGCACGACAGCCUGUGCCGGUUCGACGUGCUGUUCUUCAGCGGCGGCACGGACGGCAUAGACGGUCCGACGGACGCGUGCGGGGCGUUCGGUUACCCGGCGCUGGUGAACGCGGCGCUGUCCCGGGGCCUGGACCCCUCGCGGUACGUCCACGACAACGACAGCUACGGGUUUUAUUCGGCACUCGACCUCGGCCGCGACGGCGGCGGUGUUGGCGAUCUGCUGAAAAUCGGGCACACCGGCACAAACGUGAUGGACGUACACGUUUUGAUCGUCAAGCCGAAGUAAAAUCGUGUACCACCGCGAAACACGAUAAUCAAUCGUGGUGGGUCCGCGUUUAUGGCAGUAGAAAAUUUCGUUUUUUGACGACGCAAAUGCCUAAAUAAUUAUUUAUAGUAAUAAUUCUUUUUUAAUGUUAGACGAUAAUUCACCAACGAUAAAAUAUUAAGAUGUGACAAUAAAACAAUGCUGGUUAUUCUUAAAAUGUA